GGGACGGGGAUGGAGAUGGGGCUGGAGAUGGGGAUGGAAAUGGGGAUGGAAGUGGAAACGGGGGAGCCCCGGGCCCCCCCCGCAACCUGCCCGCUGCCUGCGACCCCCGCCGCCUCCCGCACCGCCUGAUCGUGCUCGCCCUCAUGUGCUUCCUCGGCUUCGGCAGCUACUUCUGCUAUGACAACCCUGCAGCUCUGCAGACACAGGUUCAGAGGGACAUGAAGGUGAACACAGCCCAGUUCAUGGCUCUCUAUGCCUGGUAUUCCUGGCCCAACGUGGUUCUUUGCUUCUUUGGAGGCUUUCUGAUAGACAGAGUGUUUGGAGUCCGGUUGGGCACCAUAAUAUUCAGCAUCUUUGUGUGUGUUGGGCAGGUGGUCUUUGCUCUGGGGGCACUGUUCAACACCUUCUGGCUGAUGGACGUGGGCAGGUUCAUAUUUGGGAUUGGAGGGGAGUCCCUGGCAGUGGCCCAGAACACCUAUGCAGUGAGCUGGUUCAAAGGCAAGGAGUUGAACCUGGUGUUUGGGUUACAGCUCAGCAUGGCCAGAGUUGGGAGCACAGUGAACAUGAAUAUCAUGGGAUGGGUCUACUCCAGAGUUCAGGAUCUCCUGGGUUACCCUGGUCCCAGCACCCUGGGCUUGGCCCUCAUGAUAGGGGGUGUAACCUGUCUCUUCUCCCUGACCUGUGCAUUAAUCCUGGCUUACCUGGACAGGAGAGCAGAGAAGCUGCUUUGUAAAGAGCAAGGGAAAACAGGGGAAGUGAUCAAGCUGACGGAUGUGAAGGAUUUCUCCUUGUCCCUGUGGCUCAUCUUUGUCAUCUGUGUCUGUUACUAUGCAGCAGUUUUUCCUUUCAUAGGACUCGGGAAGGUUUUCUUUAUUGAGAAAUUCAACUUCUCACCCCAGGAAGCAAGUGCAAUUAACAGCAUUGUGUACAUCAUAUCAGCCCCUAUGUCCCCGGUCUUUGGCCUUCUGGUGGAUAAACUGGGCAAGAACAUCAUCUGGGUUCUGUGUGCUGUGGUGACCACUCUGGCCUCUCACAUCAUGUUGGCUUUCACCUUCUGGAACCCCUGGAUAGCAAUGUGUUUGCUGGGGGUGGCCUAUUCCCUGCUGGCCUGUGCCCUGUGGCCCAUGGUGGCCUUCGUUGUCCCGGAGCACCAGCUGGGAACUGCCUAUGGCUUCAUGCAGUCCAUCCAGAACCUGGGGCUGGCAGUGAUUGCCAUCGCAGCUGGCAUGAUCCUGGACACAAGAGGAUAUUUGUUUCUGGAAGUUUUCUUCAGUGCUUGUGUUUGCUUGUCACUGAUAGCUGUGGUCACGCUGUAUUUUGUGAAUCACCUCACAGGUGGGGACCUCAACUGGUCUGCAAAGAAAAGGGAAAAACUGCAAAAAGCAGCUGCCUCUGAAGCAGAAGAGCAGGAGAGACUCAGACGUCAGAAUGAAGAUGACUUGGCUAAAUUACUGCCAAGAGCUGAUGACUUUAGUUUAAGGAAUAAAUACCUCUCCAGACUGGGAGCUCAGCUCCCAGAUAAUUACUGCUCCUCUUUAUCAACCCUGGCACACAGAAGCGUGUUGAAAUAGCAGCCUGGCCCUGUGGAAAAUCCGGGAACGCCUUGAGUUUUCCUGGGACACAACCCCAGCACGAGCAGCAGAGCGAUGCUCCCGGGCCUUGCUGCAGGACUAGAGCCUGGGUUUGGAGUGCCCAGCUCCAAAUCCUGGCACUGGAGGUAGUUUAGAGAGCCCCUGCUGAGGAAUCUGUUGGUUGGAAUCUGCUCCCUCCUGCCUGUGAGUAGCUGAGUCAGCAGCGGGGCUGGACCUGCCUGGUGUCUGCUGUAACUGCUGGGAGCUGAGCCUUGUUGAGCCUCUCACACUGGGGCACCUUUGUUACUCCUGGCAGCGCCCCUGUUUUUCAUUUUUCCUGUAGGAAAAAAAGGGAGGAAAAACUCCCCAGGGAAUAUUUGAGUGGAGGCUCCACAGCUGAGGGAGGGCCAGCCCUGGGUCAGCCACCCAGCAAUGCCCUCGGGUGGGUCCUGAAUCGUGGCAGAACUGCUGUGUUUUUAACAGGCUCUGGCUCAAAACUGGGACAGGAGGGAGCUGCAAGAAGGGGCUUUUGCUUUCAGUAGGAAAAGUUCCCGUUUUCCCCGUGGAACUCGACCCUUCCCCCUCGUUUCAGUGGCAGGCUCAGUGCUGAGCGGGGAGUUCCUGGGGGCUGCUGCAGAGUGCACUUUGUUCGUGUUUAAUUACUCAUCAAGGUAAUUGGGUAAGAUACUCCUCGGCUGAGCUGAGCUUGCCUUACAAAGCAGGAGUGUGUGGCUUUGUGGAGCACGGGGUGUGCAGGGAUGAGUUCCUUGGCUGAUUCCAGGGAGCCCUUUUGUGCCUCACAGGAGCUUUUGGUAAAUUGUUUGACUUUGCAGAGAAAUAGUUUGAUAUAAUAAAAAUGUUAUUUUAUGCGUAGAA